UGGUUAAGGGUCUGAAACUAUAUUUUAUUUGACGAGGUGGGGAAUUAGGAUGUUCGGGGGACGUCGAACUGUCUGUCGAACAGUUUUACGUUAACCUGCUCGGAACAAGACUAGCAUUGUACUUCCAACGCAUCAUUUGCUGCAGACGGUGUGGCGGAGAGACUGCAGAUAUAGAGACAGGCCGCCAAGAAGUCAUUAUGCAGCGUUCCUUCGACGUUGGACUUACUCUGCUCGUAGUCCUGACGGCGGUUGGAGAGCAGCUGCAGCACUCGGUCGCGGUCAAUUCACCCGCCAAGAAGAGCGAGACGUUCAGCGUGUGGUUUCGUGCCGAGCCCGACUUGCCCCGCAAAAAGGAUAUGAAAGUCGAAAAACUCAACCGACUCAUCGGGUCCGAUUACAACGAAAUGUGGAUGAGCAAAACGGCAAUUGUAACGGCAUACCACGGAAACGCAUCAGAUGCGGUCGGCGUCAAAUCAUCGGAGACAUCCGGGCCGGACAACUUACAGCUUCCGGAUCAACUUCCUGCUCAAUACCAAGAGUUAAUGCGUACUUGGUUGGUGCACCGGAGUACGUGUCCGGUCGAAUACGUAUGGACAGACCUAGGAAAGUCAUUUUGGCCUAGGUGGAUAAAAAAUGGACGGUGCGGUCGUUCGGAAACGAUGAGCUGCAGUUGGCCACCGGGCAUGUCGUGUAUGCCUUCGUCUAUCAAAGUACUCAACCUGUUGAGAUGGCAUUGUUGGUUAAAAAAUAGAAAAAAUAAAAGAAAAAAUCGGGAAAGAAAAAUGAUGGAAUUGGUGAAAGAGCACGCGACAAGAGGUAGGAGAGCCACCGGUCCAAGGAAAAAUAAAAAAAAGGACGACAAAUUUAGAUGUUUGUGGAUAAAAGUACCAUAUCCGGUCACCGAAGACUGCACGUGUUCGUGUAGAAAACUUGACGAAUAAUCUAAAUACAAUUAAAGCAUAUUCAUAAAUAUCUAUAAUUGCAAUCUCGUUCUUCGACGUUUAUAUUAUUAUAAUAAUUUAUUAUUGUAAAUUUAAAUAAAAAUAAUAUUUCGAUAAUUUGAAUUUAUUAUUGUAUUAUGAUAUUAUUUUUCCAGAAAUUAUAAAAGUAAAACAAGAAUAUACGUCGUUAUUUAUUGUA